CUCUUUUCACCAAUUUGUCUUACUGUGUUUCUGCCUUCACGCUGUCAGGAGCUGCUGCCUGUAGAGGAGGAACGACGCAGAGAAAAGAGGAGCCAUGGCUGUGAAUAAGUGUGUCAAAUACCUGCUCUUCUUCUUCAACCUCCUUUUCUGGAUCAGUGGUUGCAUCAUCUUGGGAGUCUCCAUCUACCUGAAAGUCAGCAAGGAUAAAAAUGCGAUCACAGAUGAAUCCCUUCCUGGCAUUGAUCUAAUGAUUGCCAUUGGAGUGAUCAUUAUGGUGCUCGGUUUCCUGGGCUGCUGCGGCGCCAUCAGAGAGAACCGCUGCCUAUUGCUGCUGUUCUUCAUCAGCCUCCUCGUCAUCUUCAUCUUGCUGGUGGUGGCAGGAAUCUUGGGAGCUGUGGAAGAGAAGAAGGUUAAGGACUGGAUGAAGGAGCGUCUUGAAAAGUUGCUCCCGCUGUCAUCACAGCCAGCUAAUGUGAGAGAAGACCUGGAGAAACUGCAGCGUGAGCUCAAGUGUUGCGGUCUGGUGAAUGGGCAGUCGGACUGGGAGGGCAAGAUCCCAGAUUCAUGCCGCUGCAACAGCACCGCCAUCCUAACGUGCGAGUCUGUCUACUACACCACGCCCUGCGCCACUAAAAUCAUCGAGGUGAUGGAAAACAACAUGGAGGUGGUGAUAGGAAUCGCAUUUGCCAUUGCUGUCCUGCUGAUCUUCGGCAUGGUCGCAUCCAUGGUCAUCUACUGUCAGAUCGGCAGAAAGGAUGGUGUCACAACCGCCUGAACCACAAUCAGUCAUGAAAAAAGGACCCAUAUAACAUCCAGCUAACCUCAGUGCUAUUGUAACAUAAUCCUGUGCUUUUAUUGUCAAAGUACAAGCUGAUGUUUCUGCUGGUAUACAUGUAUAGCCUCAGCAUCGUCAAGAAUUGAGCAACAUUUAACAUACUUGAUAUUUUGGAUUAAUAUGUGCUAUUAAGAGUAUAUAGUCUUCAAUAACUGUAUAAAGUUGGUCAAUUUAAGAUUAAUUACAGUAAAUAAAACAUGUUUGUUAUUAUAAUUACAGUAAAAUAUGUUAUUUGUGGCAUUUUUUGCAUGAGGGCAACUAAGAUUUGUGUUAUUAUAGUUUUAUAGAAUAUCAGAGUGACCAUACAGAUAACCUGUGAUGAUAUUUACCGGUAUGUCCAUUUUAAUAAUAAAAAAUGUUUUAACCUACAAUAAAUAAAAUAUUCACUAUUAAGGCCUCAAGGAACAAUACUGUAUAUUGAAAACUUGUCUAAAACAGGAAAACGUGUAUGGAAGUACAUUAAUCUGUGGAACAACUUGUCAUUUUUAGUUUCUCAGUAUUGUGACCAAUCUGGGAUUUCUUUUUUUUUUGGCCAGGUGCCUGUUUCUUAUUCCUUGUUUGGAGUGGGCCUCCAUGCUCUGGUUUCUUGAGGUCUGCUGCUGCCAUUACUAGAAAGAUUAUAAAUGAAUCCUCAGGGAGCUGAACUUGCUGUGACCCUCCAUUAAUUCAUGCGUUUUAAACAAAAUAUCUUUAAAUUUUGAGUUUUUUUUCUCAUUGUUUAAAACCACUGGCACUGGUUGAAGGAUGCUUUUUUUUAUCCCCUCUUGUUUUUGUGUGUAUAUUCAGUUCAAGUUUCAUGAUAUAUAAGACCAUCAGUAACAUUUACUUGACUUGAUUUGUAGUCCACCCCGGAGAUGGAAUAAAUAUAUUAAUUUUUGUGAUUUUUAAAGAAAUGGGCCAGAAUUAUACAGUAGCUUAUCAUAUAUAAAUUUGAGAACUGAAUGAAUAAUGAUUAGCCUUUAGUUGCCAUUUAUUUAUUUUCUUGUAAGGACACAUUAUUUACAUUCUUCUGUUGCAAUAAAAACGUGAUUUCAUAAAAAUGUUACAGGAAAACGUUCU